ACCACAACCAAAAAUGGCUGACAUGUUGAGAAUAUUUGGCUGGCUGAUGGCCGGGGGUGGAGCUCUAGCGCAUCUCAUUAUUAUCUGUCUUGGUUUCUCCACGGACUGGGGGCUUAUCAUGAUUUUGAUAGCGAUGCUAUCAGGAGGCCUUUGCUGGAUCAUACGAUCGGUAGAACUUCUGAACAACUAUGGGACAAUAAACAUAAGCCUCUUCAGUGACAAGAGACAAUUGGUCGCCAUUGUUAUCAUGCUCACCGGAGGAGGAGGAUUUUUGUUCGGAGUAUGUGGUCUAGCCCGGUACAUCCAGCUCGUGGAACUUGUCAUCACUUUAUCUGGGGGGGACAUGGGGUGGCUGAACUCAGCCUUCGGAGGACAAUUCAUAUGUGCUAUCAUCGGGGUGGCAGCUACAGGUAUCAAUAGUCUCAUCGCUAUUGUGCAGAUGAAGAAGAGCGGGCAGGUCGAGUAGGGACCUUAUUUGGUCAUGUUACCAUGGUUACACACGGGACAUUGUUAAGUUAUUACUUUUAAUCAGAUUGUGCACCUCU